GGAAGGUAGCGCGGGAUGGGAGUCGCUAGAGGCAGGGAGCCCGCUGCGCAGGUGCCAAAACGGGGUGUGGGUGGCACACUUGUGUAACUGCUGGAUGGUCCAGCUCAACACCCCUUUCCCUGGGUGUGGUGCUAAAGGCAGCCCAAUGACUAGAUACAGCCACUCUUCUCGAGCUGAUACAAUGCAGUGCCCUGCCAAAGGAGAUAUUCUUCAGUGGAAAAAAAAGUUUUGGGACCCUUUAAAGACAAGAUUUCUUAUUCUAGUUUCAGCUGGAAUGUAACCUUAUCUAUCGGGGACUCAAGUAAUCAGUUUCUGGACUGAAGACCAAAAUGGGUGAUGUUGAAAAAGGCAAGAAGCUCUUUGUUCAGAAAUGCUCUCAGUGCCACACAGUUGAAAAAGGGGGGCCGCACAAGACUGGACCAAAUCUUUGGGGUCUGUUUGGUCGCAAAACAGGACAAGCUGCAGGAUUCUCUUACUCAGAUUCAAACAAGAACAAAGGUGUUGUCUGGAAUGAAAAUACACUGAUGGAGUAUUUGGAGAACCCUAAGAAAUAUAUUCCUGGAACUAAAAUGAUUUUUGCUGGCAUUAAAAAGAAGAAUGAGAGAGCAGAUGUUAUUGCAUACUUGAAAAAGGCAACAUCUUCAUGAAGUGUUCUUACAACUACCGUGAUGUCAGAAAGUGUUUCAAAAUUUGAAUCUCUCUUGUAUCAGUAUUCAUGUUUCAGUAGUCUGUUAAUAUUUGUUUAUUAGGUACUGGUCUUAGCAUCUGAAAAUAUGAGUCUUUAUUUGAUUUUUGCUAAGCCUACUACCAAAACAAAUUAAGGGUGAGCACUAUGUAAACUAUUUCUAUGAUGGUAAAGGUGGGUAUGGCUCCAUACAGAUAUUUCAAAAGAAAAAUACUGUUCCCUUUUCCAAGGAGCUUCCAACUGAAGGGUCCAGUCCUGGAAUUAUAUAUACAUAACUGGAAUUAUACAUACAUAUAACUUUACAUGGAAAUCAAUGUGACUGUUCAAGUUAGUACAGUUACUCACACGUGUAAGUGGUUGUAGCAAUGGACCCUAAUACUUCUUCCUUGAAGAUUUUACUUAGGCAAAAUUCUCAACAAAAUCAGUGGGGGCUCAGCAUUUUGCAGGAUUCAGCCCUAAUUUAAAAGAGCAAGGGUUGACAAACAAUGGAACUGAACUACGGAGAAAAAGCCAGUCAGCUUUAUAUCAAGAUGUUAGUAUAAAAGUGAAGCUCAAGGGAUUGGAAUAGCUACAGUUUGAUCUGUAAAUAAUUUCAAAACUUUAGCUCACUCCUUGUAUUAGCGUUUCUUCAUGUGUUAAAAGGACAAACUGUCGACCAAUCAGCAAUCUCUUCAUUACAGUUAUAGUUUUUUUUCACUCCACGUGUUCACUCCAUGAGUCAAAUAUAUUAAGGUAUCCAGCCCCCUUACUAUAAAGAAACAAAUAAGGUCUGACAUAGCUCAAAUGAUGGUAAUAAUAGCAGGAAUACUUUCACCUUUAGUUCAUACUCACAACUGUUCUGGUAGCCUAUAGAAAAUGUAAUGGUUUAGCCUGGGCCUGGGAAGACAGGAUUACUACAUGAGCCGAUACCUUACUUGGGUAUUUUAGAGAAUUCAAGAAUUAUACGUGCAUGGAAACUGAUCUGCCUUUCUCACUUCAUUAAGGCACUUCAGGCUCAGGCUGUGAGGGUCUCAUUUAUGCUGUCCCAUACCUAUUCUAGGGCUAUAAAUCUUGCACCUUUCAAAUGGCGAACCUUGAAAAUGAGGUUGGAGUGGGGAUUGAGGAAAUUAACAGUAGAGCGUACAUCUUUAAUAGUGAAAUCUGCAUCUAAUUUAUAUCUUUUUAUUAGACAAACUGCUUAGCUGUACUGCUGAGAGUACUAAGUCUUCCCAGGGUUCUGUAAAUACUGAGGUGUUAACUUACAUUAUUGUUAAAGGCAGUACUUUCAUGUGUUUGGCCACUGAUGAUUUGUGCAGAAUAUAUCCCAAUAACAUUAAAGAUGUUAGUAAAAAGAAAACUUAUAAAAUAUAUUGAACAUCUAAAUUUAA